CCGGAAGUAGAUUCAUGCCGAAGAUACGCUUGAGAAAAUGUACUCCUGAAUAGCUGUCAAGAAUAACACCUAUAAACAUCUACAAGGCAGACAAGGGAACUGUUACUAGAUACGGCUUCGACGAGUUCAUAAAGUUGGAUCUGACAUCUGGGUCGCAGUGAUGGAGGGUCAGGAUAAUGCAGAUCAGGGCAGCAGUGAUCAGUCAGAAACACAACGCCGGAGACAGCUGGACCGUCUGGACAGAGAAGAGGCCUUCUACCAGUUUGUCAACAAUCUCAGCGAGGAAGACUACAGGCUCAUGAGAGAUAACAAUCUGCUUGGCACGCCUGGUGAAAUUACAGCAGAUGAACUGUUGAGCCGCCUUCGACAGGUCAAGGAUGGCCCUGAGUCUCCCAGCAAUGGCACUACUGAGGAAAGAAGGGAGGGGCCUGGUGCAACAGAGGUGGAGGGCACUGAAGAAAAUCCCAGCGGUGAGACCCUUCUUGACUGGCUCAACACAGUACGACAGACGGGGAAUACAACAAGGAGCGGUUACCGGGGUAACCAGUCAUGGAGGGCUGUGAGCCAAACCAAUCCCAACAGUGGUGAUUUCCGUUUCAGCUUGGAGAUCAAUGUCAAUCGCAAUAUAGCUGAACAGCAAACGCAGACAGAAAGGCUGGAAGGGGGCCAGGAAAGAGCAGAUGGCCCCGUGUCUGAGCCGGAAAGUCUUAUGGAGACUGCAGAGGUGGUUGAGGAACCAGUGGUAGACGAGCUGGCUGUUAUAGUAGAGCCAGAGCUGGAAGUUCCCAACACCCUGUCUCUAAAUGGGGAAGUUAAUGCUCCAGAUCCACCAACUCCUCCCACCUUGUCUCCCCCAACCUUGCCUACAGUGGAGCAACCACGUAGGGGUCAAAUAAGGGCUCGCAGUAGAAGCCCAGAGCAGCGACGGACAAGGGCUCGUACUGCAAGAGGACGUUCACCACUCAACCUUGAAAGAUUGGAUGGACUUCCGCCUACUCAGCAUGGUAUACCUUCUCGCCAUCCAGACAUCCUGCCUGAGCCCCAGGUAGAGGGAAGCUCAAGGACUCGGCAAUUGUUUUUGUCUAGGCAGAGCACCGUGGAUAUGGAUACUCAAGAGUUGGGAGCAGCACCUGAGUUACCUGGAACACCACAGGAAAGAGAGACAAAUGCUGGGGAAGCAGGAGCUUCAGGUCGUCGUCCUCCAACCAUAAUGCUGGAUUUGCAGGUACGUAGGGUGCGUCCCGGAGAGUACCGCCAGAGAGACAGCAUUGCUAACCGUACAAGGUCUCGUUCUCAGACCUCCAAUAACACUUUAUUAUACGAGACUGAGCGCGGGGGUUUCCGUCGGACUUUCUCCCGCUCUGAGCGGGCUGGAGUGAGAACAUACGUCAGCACUAUCCGGAUUCCCAUUCGGAGGAUCUCAGAUGCUGGACUUGGUGAAGCCACUUCUUUGGCUCUGCAGUCUAUGAUUCGUCAAAUCAUGACUGGCUUCGGUGAACUUAGCUACUUUAUGGACUCGGACUAUCCAGACUCGAACCGUGAAGACAGCCCACCAGCAGACCUUACCGAUGCACUGGGAAACCCCGAUGCUUCUCCUGAAACUGCUGCAAGUGAAGCGGAUUCCCAUCUUCCUGGGAAUGGAGUCUCGAACCAGGGUGGUUUAGAGGCACGGACAGAGGAAAGGGAAGCGGAAGGUGGACUUCCCGGUGCUGCUGGUCCUCGGGAGAACCGAGGCAGACAACGGGCUCCCAUCAGCCUGGAUGAAACUGGAUCUCUGCCCUUUCUGCGGCUUGCACACUUCUUCUUGCUCAACGAGGAAGAUGAUGACCAGCCCAGAGGUCUCACCAAAGAGCAGAUUGACAACCUAUCCAUGCGAAACUUUGGUGAAAGCGAUGCACUCAAAACCUGCAGUGUCUGCAUUACGGAGUAUGCUGAAGGCAACAAAUUGCGAAAGCUGCCCUGCUCUCACGAGUACCAUGUGCACUGUAUCGACCGCUGGCUUUCAGAGAACUCAACCUGCCCUAUUUGCCGCAGAGCGGUUCUUGUUUCCACUAACCGCGAGAGUGUUGUCUAGCCCGAAUUGGUUUUGUGGCACUCUCGACAGGUUUAAUGUCUCUUUUCCUCUCUUCCUUUUACAUUUAUUACUUAGUCAUAUGAGGACUCUUACUGAGAUUUUUCCAUACAUCCUAUAUGAAGUCAUUAAGUUUUAUCAGAUUUGCUGGUGCCAAGAUUUUUCCCCACGAACUAUACAUCAAUGUAUUUUGACCCAUCUUACAAUAAAUAUUGGUGCAAGACACAACCGAGCAAGACCGUGCUGCAAUCCCUUAUCUUUUACUUCAAUUGAAGAGCAACAUUUGACAAAAUCAUUGGAGGAGGGGCAAUGUAGUGAGGUGUACUAGAAGGAGAGAUUUGAGUUGUACUUUUAAGCAAGUAUUAUCAGAUCAUUACAAAGAUUGUGUUUUAAUAAAUGUUAAUGAUUUGAUAAUAUUGUAGAGCAAGGAUCAAGAAUAGUGCAAUCUGCUCAGCAUUCACAAAUACAUUUCAAUUGGGAAAAAAAAUGCAUUGAAACUGUCACACUGUGCUGCAUCUGAUCUUAUUUUGGUUUCACAGUGUCGGUAUGAAAGCAUAGUAUGUGUUGUCCCAAUUGCAGCAGUAUCAUAAAUGAUUAAAUAGUAGGAAAUUCGUGGAAUAGUCCUUAAUGAAUUUGUCAUCCUUUAUAGAAUAGGUUUUGAUUUGGUGUUUGAAAGUGUUCUGCAAUACUGGUUUUGAAAACCAUAUGGUCAGACACUUUUUUUUAUUUUUAUUAAACAAACAAAAAAGGCUGUAAAUAUGCUGUGUUGCCGCAUCAGGUUGUAUUUCCGCCUGUCUUCCCAAUUGACGAUAAUGCAUCAGUUAGCUGACUCAAACAUGUUUCAAAUAUCUUAAGAAAUAAACUUGGCUGCAUAUAGGUGAUGUUGUGCAAUGCUAAUAAGGAAAAUGUAAAGGAAGUUUUGACAAAUUGACUUGUAUGUUGUAGUCUGUAAAUAUUAACAUUUAAAAUGAAGACUUAAAUGGAAGUUUUUCUAACAGUUCUGUACAUUGAGAAUAGCACCAUUUAUCUUACUCUGAGGAGGAAAUUAUUUUUCUCAUUAUGUAAUGGUUGGUUUAUAUGGGAGCUGAGGUUCUUUAUUCCCGCGCGAGUAAAAAAUGCAGUGUUAUUUAGAAACAAUAGAUGUUGUUUCCUUUGUUUCUGUUUUGACUUGGAAGAAGAACCCCAAGCAAAAUGUUCUCAACCAUGAGUGACAUCAACAUUUCAUGUAUCGUAAGCAAGCCAACCAUGCAUUCAGUUCCGAGGUCAUGUAUUAUAAGAGCGAGUUACUCAAUAGAAUUUCUUAAUUUUCUCAGCAUAUUUAUAGGUUAUAUUUUGAGUCAAUAUUUUGACUAGCUUCCAGUUUGCUGUGUUUGAAAUGAAUAAAAUGAUUUCCUCACCUGACCAUUUCUCUGUGGCCUCACCAGUGUCCCAUCAUGUCGAAGAAACGUAAAGUGAAUCAUGCAGCCCUGCUAUCGAGGAAUCGAAUUUAGCAAUACUUUCCCUGGAAAAUCUCAAAAACGUGAUGCUGUGAGAAUAAAAUAAAUAUAUGCACGCACACGUAUAUGUUCUGGUUUGUAUUUUAAUGAAUAAUUAAAAUAUUCCAGAAAUGUUCAAUAUUAUUUUGGGUUACAUUUGGAUUAUUUAGGUGACAUUUGCUUGUAACCACACCAGUGCUUACUGCACAGAUGUUGCACACUUUCUGCUAUACAACAUAAUGAUCGGUUUGUUCUGGCUUCAUCAAGCCAUAAUGUUAUUUGUAUAUUACAAUAAAAAGUGUACAGCAACAA